UUUUUUUUUUUUUUUUUUUUUUUUUUUUUUUUUUUUUUUAAGGAUUUUUCCUUUCUAACUCUAAAGCUUCAAUCUUUCGCAAUUUAAUUCUAAAAUUUCAAUCUUUGGUAAUUUAAGCUCCUUGAUUAAUUUGAUUUUUCACUUCUAAUUCAACAUUUUCCAUCUUUUACAAGUUAACCCCUUUGAUUUUUUACUUUUAACCCAUAGCUUUUCAUCUUUUGCAAUUAAGCCCAACACUUUUUCACUUUCAACUUUGGUAUCUUAUACUUUUCAUCUUUCACAAGUUUUCUGCUUAACAUUUCGUUCCAAAUUUUCCGAGUUAACACGCCGCAACGUGCGUGUGGGGUUCAAUGUUUUUUCAUCUAUUUUUUCCGUUUGACAGGCCCGUCACAGCGCGUCUAUUUUUCCAUAUUGGAUAAGUAUGUCGCAAUGCACACGCCAGAAAUUGACUUAAUUAUUCUUUUCUAUGUUUUACACACCGUCUCACGGUCAUGUAAGAAUCAUUUGCUUUUAUAUAAUAUGAUAUAAAACUAAUGAAUCUCAACGUGAAGUGGUAAAUUUUUCUUUGCAUUUCAAAAAAAAAAAGUGGUAAUUCUAGUUAAAAAAAAAAAAGACAAGACCAUAUUUGUCUUUUCAAAACCCAAACCCUAAAUUAGUGUGUGUACGGUACAAGCCUGUUUAGCACAAGUGCCAUGUGUAAUAGACGGUGACGUAAUAACCUACUCUCCGUCCUCAUCCAAUUCCAUUUCGUCCUCUUUUCUCUCUCACAGAGCACACACUCUUUGAGUCUCCAAACACUUCACUCAUCAUCAUCUAGAUUCUAGGGUUUCACCAUUUCUUCUGCAACUUCAUUUUCAGCUAAUUCCAAAACGUUUACAGAUUCAUCAUCUUAUUCAUACCGCAGUGGAAGAGCAUAAAUCUGUUCGUCAAGUUUAUCGCAUUCGCUGUUCAGUCAUAUUCAUCCUCUCUGAUUUGUGAGUGGAAAUGGCGUCACCGCGUGAGGGGUUUCUGACUGAUGAACAGAGGGAAGUGUUGAAAAUAGCAACUCAGAGUACGGAGAUUUUGUCAUCGUCGCCGAAAUCGCCGUCAUGGUUGAUGUCUGAGCAGUCAAUUAAAGCUCCGGCUGGAGAGAGGGCGCCAAACGGUGGGAUUGCUGUGAGGCAUACUCGUCGCUCGCAUUCUGGAAAGCUCGGCAGGGCGAAGAAAGAUGGUGGUGGUGGUAAGGGUACUUGGGGAAAACUACUUGACACUGAUGGUGAAACUCAUAUUGAUCGCAAUGACCCUAAUUACGAUAGUGGCGAGGAGCCAUAUCAACUUGUGGGGUCCACUGUUUCCGACCCGUUAGACGAGUACAAAAGAAAGGUGGCAUCCAUCAUUGAUGAAUACUUCACCAAUGAUGAUGUGGAUUUAGCAGCAUCUGAACUCAGGGAACUCGGGUCAUCUGAAUUCCACCCUUAUUUCGUUAAGAGGCUUGUAUCAAUGGCCAUGGACAGACACGACAAGGAGAAAGAAAUGGCUUCGGUUCUUCUUUCGGCUCUUUAUUCUGAUGUCAUCAGUUCUACACAAAUCAAACAAGGGUUUUUCAUGCUUCUCGAGUCUGCUGAUGACCUGGAGGUUGACAUACUUGAUGCAGUCGAGAUUCUUGCCUUAUUCGUUGCUCGUGCUGUGGUUGAUGAUAUCCUUCCUCCAUCCUUUGUGACCCGCGCCAAAAAAUCACUAUCAGAAUCAUCGAAAGGAUUCCAAGUUCUUCAAACUGCAGAAAAAAGUUAUCUGUCAGCCCCGCAUCAUGCAGAACUGGUUGAGCGGCGAUGGGGCGGGAGCACCCACGUCACCGUGGAGGAAGUCAAGAAAAGAAUUUCUGAUCUGUUGAGAGAGUAUGUAGAGAGUGGUGAUACUUCUGAGGCGUGUAGGUGUAUCCGCCAGCUAGGCGUUGCGUUCUUUCAUCAUGAAGUUGUCAAACGGGCAUUGGUUCUAGCCAUGGAGAAUCGUGCUGCCGAGCCAGUAAUUUUGAAGCUACUGAAAGAAGCAUCUGAAGAAGGUCUAAUAAGCUCGAGUCAAAUGUUCAAAGGUUUUGCCCGGUUACAUGAUAGCCUUGAUGACCUGGUGCUCGACAUCCCUUCUGCCAAGUCAUUGUUCGAGUCCUUAGUCCAGCUGGCGGUUACCGACAGCUGGCUUGAUUCGUCCUUCGUGAACUCAUGGGGAAAUGGGCUCGCUACAGAGGCUGAAGAUGAGAAUUUACGGCGAUACAAAAAGGAAAUCGUGACGAUAAUUCAUGAGUAUUUUCUUUCAGAUGAUAUUCCUGAACUCAUUAGGAAUCUUGAGGAUCUCGGGUCACCUGAAUACAACCCGGUUUUCUUAAAAAAGUUAAUAACUCUUGCUAUGGAUAGAAAAAACCGAGAGAAGGAAAUGGCAUCUGUUUUACUCUCUGCACUUCACAUAGAAAUCUUUUCGACUCAAGAUAUUGUUGACGGUUUUACCCUCCUCCUAGAAUCUGCAGAAGAUACGGCUUUAGACAUACUCGAUGCAUCAAACGAGCUCGCACUUUUCCUCGCACGGGCGGUUAUUGAUGAUGUCCUAGUUCCGUUGAAUCUGGAUGAAAUAGGGAACCGGUUAGCACCAAACUGCAACGGGAGUGAGACGGUUCACGUGGCUCAGUCACUUGUAAGUGCCCGCCAUGCAGGUGAGAGACUAUUGAGGUGUUGGGGCGGUGGGUCAGGGUGGGCAGUGGAAGACGCCAAGGACAAAAUCACGAAGUUACUUGAAGAAUACGAAACUGGGGGUGUUGUCGGUGAGGCAUGUGAGUGCAUCCGCGAUAUGGGGAUGCCAUUUUUUAACCACGAGGUGGUUAAAAAAGCGUUGGUGAUGGCUAUGGAGAAGAAGAAUGACAGGAUGCUGGAUUUGUUGCACGAGUGUUUUAGUGAAGGGCUGAUUACUACUAAUCAGAUGACAAAAGGUUUUGGUAGGGUUAAAGACGGGCUCGAUGACCUGGCGCUCGAUAUUCCUGAUGCUCGUGACAAGUUUAAGGUUUACUAUGAGCAUGCUAUGGUUAGAGGGUGGCUGUUUCCUAUGUAACUGUCAUGCAUCACGAGGUAGCUUGGCUGGCUGGCUGGCUAGACAUAUUGCUUUUGAAGAAGGUUGGUGCAGAAGUCAAGAUCAAACCUUUCUUCAGGUGGAUCACCAAUGCAAUCAAAAACAGCAUCCGCAUUCUUGAAGUCUUCAUCUGCAGUGUAACUGUUAUCCCAAUAAAAGAGUUAAUCUAUAAACCUUUGUAAAUUAAACUCAUUCAUACCCACAAUAGCAGCAAUUCAGGGUUUCUAAUCAGGUUAUGUUCUAUUAUAUGAACCAGGUCUUGUUGAAACUGAUCUAAACCGAAACAAGUCGGCCGGCUUGAAACUAUUAUGGUUCGGUUUAGUGGUUUGGAGCUUGGAACCGAUUGUGUAAAACUUAACUGGUCCUUUGGCGAUUUUCUGUAUUUAUUUUUUCAUUUUUGAAUA